AUGAGCGAGAGAGAAAAUUGGACUCAAGUGAGGUCGCGGAGGAGGAGAGUUAGAGAGCUGGGUCACGAUAAGACUGACAGAAAUACAGGGAUCUAUAAUGGAAUCACAACAUGCUACGUAGAGAAUAUUCCGGAGGACAUUAACGAGAAAGAGAUGGAGAGAAAGUUCACUAGAUGGGGAAAAGUGGUAGAUGUGUAUAUUGCAAACAGAAGAAACAAGAGGGGAAGAUUAUUUGGGUUUGUUAGAUUUGAGGGAGUGGAGGAUCAACAACGGUUAGAGAACCAACUCAGAAAUAUUUGGUUCGGGUCGUAUAAAUCAUGGGUAAACAUUUCAAAAUUUGAAAGAAAGACAUGGAUGGAGGUCAGGGAUAAGAAAGUAAGAAGAGAUAAUACAUUAUCCAGGCAAAAAGAAGGUAACAGAAGUAGAGAAGUUUGGUGCAAGCAUAGAGCUGGGAGGGCAGAAGGCAUAAUAAAGGAAGGAAUUUCGUACGCAGAUGCCAUCAAAAAUAAAGGUAGCAAUAAGUUUACAUCAGAAGACUAUUACAGACGUCGUAACGAAGCUAAAGAUUUACAAAGGGUAGAUUCACAAAUGUGUGUCGGGAUUUCAAUAUCAGUUUCUGAAGAAGAGAUGCUAUGGGCAAAAAGAGGUUAUGUAGGGUGUGUCCGCAACGUAGAGGAGAUUCAAAGUCUGCAACAACGCAUGUUUGACGAAGGCAUUAACACAAUCAAAGUCAUUCCUUUGGGUGGAGAAAAAGUUUUCUUAAAUUUAGACGAAGAAGAAGACUUCAGCGUUUUAGUGAAGGAAUCAAAUCACUUAUUCAAUAGGUGGUUCAGUGUGGUUAGAGCUUGGGAGUCUAGAGACGUGUCGGCGGCGAGAUUCAUAUGGUGUCGUAUAUACGGUGUACCGGUACAUGCGUGGAGGAAAAAAGUAUUUUCAAUUAUAUCCAACUCACUUGGAAGGCUAAUAAAGGUUGAUGCUCCAACAGAAAAUAUGGAAAGACUGGAUAUAGCCCGAGUACUGAUUCGCACGCCGCUCUUAGAAUUCAUUAACAAGACUAAAAGAGUGCAGAUAAACAAUGAGAUCUUCACUAUUCGAAUAACAGAGGAGAUUUGUGAAGGAUAG